ACAAACUUCUACAUAUCUUCAGUCUCAAAUAAAAGCAAAAAACUAAGAAUUUGUUAUAACUAAUUAACAUCCAAGGAAAUGGCAAUUAAGCUAAUUGCACUAGUAAUCACACUAUGUGUAGCAUCAUGGGAUACUGCAGAAGGAAGAUCUUUAAGAUUUUCUACAACUCCUCUAAAUCGUUAUAGCUUUCCUCCUCACUUUGAUUUUGGUGUUGCCUCUUCCGCUUAUCAGUAUGAAGGGGCAGUAGAAGAAGGAGGGAGGAGUCUAAGCAUAUGGGACAAUUUCACACAUGAAUUUCCAGGUGGAAAAGUAAGUGAUGGGGUCAAUCAAGAAGGUGUUCAAUUCUACAAGAAUCUUAUUGAUGAACUUAUCGAGAACGGUAUAAAACCUUUUGUAACAAUUUAUCAUUGGGAUAUCCCUCAAGCUCUUGAUGAUGAGUAUGGUAGCUUUUUAAGUCCUCGAAUCAUAGAUGAUUUUCGAAACUACGCCAGAUUUUGUUUCCAAGAGUUUGGGGACAAGAUCAGUAUGUGGACAACGUUCAACGAGCCAUAUGUUUAUAGCGUUUCGGGUUAUGAUGCGGGAAAUAAGGCAAUGGGUCGAUGUUCCAAAUGGGUAAACAGUUUGUGUAUAGCCGGUGAUUCGGGGACGGAGCCUUAUUUAGUCUCUCACAACCUUCUUCUUGCUCACGCUGCUGCCGUUGAAGAGUUCAGGAAAUGUGACAAGAUAUCACAAGAUUCCAAGAUAGGCAUAGUGUUGUCCCCUUAUUGGUUCGAGCCAUAUGACAUUGCUUCUAAUGCUGAUAAAGAAGCUGUUGAAAGAGCUCUUGCUUUCAAUAUUGGUUGGCAUCUUAGCCCUCUGGUUUUCGGAGACUAUCCAGAGACGAUAAAGGCAAGCGCUGGAAAUAGAUUGCCUUCUUUCACCAAAGAGCAAUCUAUGAUGGUUAAAAAUUCAUUUGAUUUUAUUGGGGUAAAUUACUACACUGCACGGUUUGUCGCUCAUGAUCUUCACGUCGAUAUUUCACGGCCUCGCUUCACAACCGACCAACACCUCCAAUACAAAUUGACAAAUCGUAGCGGCGACACCAUCUCAUUGGAAUCGGUACGAACUUUAUAGUCUGAGUUUAUUCUGAGUUCUAGUAUGUAUAUAACAAUUAAUGCUUAAUCAUAAC